AUGAAACCCGGGCAGACACAACUACCGGAGAAUUUUGAAUGGUUUAGUGAACAAAUCGCCGGACAUCAUCCAUCUGUUGUGAGGAAUGGGGAACGUGAAAUUGGUUUCAUAAAAGAGAAGGGGAGUGAACUGCUUAUGAAACCAGUCCAGGAGGGCGUCCGUGGACAAUGUGAGGUUGCUGUAUAUGAUCGUAUAAAUGAGUGGAUCUUAAACGAUGUUUUAUCGAGGAAUAAUAAUAAUAAUAAUUCAAGUAAGUUUGAUAACGAUCGGAACAGGGAACUGUUUAUUCGACUCGCCAAAUUUGUACCGAAAUACUUCGGUCUAAAAACCAUCUUCAUUGGUCCAAAAGAGGUGCAAUGUUUACUGCUAGAAGAUUUAACGUACCGCUAUAAGCAACCAUGCACGAUGGAUAUCAAAAUUGGGAAGGUCACAUAUGAUCCAAAUUCAACGCCUGCAAAACGCCGUUCCGAAACAAUCAAGUAUCCUGAGCAAAAAAUAUUCGGCUUCAGACUUCUGGGUUAUCGAAUGCAUUGUGUGGAAGGGAGACCACCAAGGGUUCGAGAUAAAAUGUGGGGACGUUCGAGGACACUGGAGAAUAUUUUGGAAGGUGAGCACAAAAUAUUAUCAUUAAGCUGCUCAUUUAUUUUUUUAAACGAUAAUAACAGUCUUAGUGAAUAUAAUAAUAAUAAUAACUGGCAGUCUAUUUAUCACUUUUAUGCCUCAUCAAUAUUAAUUGUGUACGAAGCUUGCAUGGAUCGUCCGCCGAGAGUUUGCGUACGUCUAAUUGAUUUUUCGCACGUUUUUUCUGCAAAUGGUCUUUGUGAUGAAAAUUAUUUAUUUGGACUAAAUAAUAUGGUUGACUUCAUCGAGAAAUUUAUCGACCUCAAAGGGGAGGAAAAAUUGAGGAACGGUAAUUAA